AUGGGUAACACGUAAUCUUAAUUGCUAUUGUCUAGUGAGUCACAUGAUGUCUAUUACCUAUACGUAUAACUGCAUGCAAACAUGCAGUUGUACCUAUAGUUGGUAAACAUGAAUAGUAGCCCAUCAUUCAAUGAGGGAGGUUACGACUACAAGUUCGUAGAAGAACCUGCAGACUCUCUGAAGUGUCUCAUCUGUCUGCUAGUAGUUAGGGAGCCACAACAACAUGGCGGCUGUGGGAAGCUAUUCUGUAAAGUGUGUAUUGACAAGCACACACUCCUAAGAAAUACCUGCUGUCCACACUGCAGGCAGCCAUUAAAUAACUCAAAUGGCUUUCCAACCAUCUUCAAUGAUUUCAGAACACACACAGGUGAUCAAGCGGUCAAGUCUCUAAUGGUGUACUGCAGCACUGCUUGCGGUUGGAAAGGAGAGCUGGGAUCACUCGAUAAUCAUAAGCAGAAAAACUGUGAGAACACAGUAGUCUUUUGCGAAAACAAUUGUGGUGAAAUAAAUAUUAUUCGAAAGAAUCUCAAGGCCCACCUCGAGUCCAAGUGUCCUAAUCGACUACACAAAUGCCCUCACUGUGGUGCAAACAACCAGUACAAAAACCACCAACUUCAUACCAAAUUACAUUGCCCCAAGCGAUCGUAUUCUUGUGUUCAUUGUGGUGAAAACGGCUGCUUUGAUGAGCGUACUUCUACACAUUUGGAGGUUUGUCCCAAGAUGAUAAUUGCCUGUAAAAAGUGCACACAACGUAUCCUGCGCUGCCAGCUGCCAACUCAUCCAAAACAAUGCACGUUUCAACCAGUGCCCUGUAAAUAUGCUGCAGUUGGGUGCAAAGUGCGACCUCUACGUAAAGACCUCAAGAAGCACGAGGAAGAUUACCAACUUCACCUCCAAGUUACCACAGAAACAGUGCUCGAGCUGAAGAAAAUGCUUGCCAAACCAGUUGCCCCAGUUGCAGUUGCCCCGGUUACAGUUGCCCCAGUUACAGUUGCCCCAGUUACAUGCAGAGUUGCAGAUUUUGACAAGUGCAAAACAGACAAUGAUGUAAUCUACAGUCCUUCGUUCUACACUUCCACAAAUGGGUACAAAAUGUGCUUAAGAAUAGAUGCCAACGGUAAUGGCACUGGCAAUGGAACACACGUCUCUGUGUUCACUUGCCUCAUGGUAGGUGAAUACGAUGACUACCUGACCUGGCCAUUCACUGGGAAAGUCACAAUCGAGCUACUCAAUCAACUGGAGGAUAAGAACCAUCACAAAGAGACAAUCAUAUUUCCAGCAGAACUUGUGCCUAGCCAGAGAGUGGUGGACAGUGAGAGGGGGGUAGGAAGGGGCUACCAUAAGUACAUCUCCCACAUUGACCUCGCUCACAAGCCUCGUAAAAACAUUCAGUACUUCAAAGACGACACUCUAAUAUUCCGAGUAUCUGAAGAAGCUCCUGACUACAAGCCAUGGCUGGAGUGUACUCACUUUGUGUAGUUAAAUAAAUAGUCAUGUAGGACAGUUAAAGUUUUGACUAAUAUAAACACACAGACACACACAGACAGCUUUACCGUAUCCCUCGUGCGGCUACGCCUCGAGGCAUUAUAUUGCCUAGAAUUAUAGCCUGUAUAUAGUUACUGUAGUUGCACCUAUACCUGCAUAUAGUUAUACACAAUUAUAUCAUGUCAAAAUUAAACCAUUCAUUAUGGGCUAAAACAUGACAGUACAUAUAAGAGCAAUACCUACUCAAGCAACACCUAUGUACAUGUAGCCUAUACACUAAUGACAAUGU